GUGGGGAGGGAGGGAGACUCUCCACACGGAGACACAAGUCGGAGCAGCCUCUUGCGGCAGGAGCUGUCUGCCGUGACGGGGUGAGUGGACCUUCCGACCCAGUCACUGGCAGUGGCCGUGGUCCGAUCACCGUCCAGCUCGGAGGCUGGCAGUGGGAUCCCCGUCUGCUUCCCCAAAGGAGAUGCCGCUCCUGGGAUUCCUCCUAUGCUGGGCGACGCUGGUGUGUUUCUUCACCACGGCGGUGGAAAGCCCGGAGAACGACCAGUGCCCGCAAGGAUGCAAGUGCUUUGCUCACCGCCUGCACGUCAGCUGCACCAAUAUCAGCCUGGCCGACAUCCCCGCCCAGCUGCCCAACUUCACCUCCGAGCUGCGCCUCAGCUCCGAGCGCCUGCCGGAGAUCACGCCCAAUGCUUUCCUCAACCUGUCCGCUCUGACCACCCUGUACCUGAACAACAACAACAUCAGCAGGCUGGCUCCAGGGGCCUUCAAUGGGCUGGCUCAACUGGUAUACCUGCACCUUAACGACAACGGCAUCGAAGAGCUGCAGGUUGGAGUAUUUGACAACGUAACCAAACUAGUUUACCUACACUUGGAAAACAAUCUCCUUGCCAACAUCGUACCAGGUGUGUUCUCCUCCUUGAUAAAACUCAACGUUCUCAACCUCAGUAACAACCGUCUCACCAGCGUGUCGGAAGGGACAUUCAAGGGGCUGCUGGCACUGCGAUGGCUAUUCCUCAGCAAUAACCAAAUCAAGGCCAUUUCUUCGAGGGCCUUUGUUGGCAACAGAGCCCUGAGGAAGCUUUACCUCGACAACAACCAGCUGACAGCCGUGCCGCUCCGUACCCUGAAGAGACUGGAACUCCUGGAGAUUAGCAGCAACAACAUCUCCAGUUUGAACGCGGUCGUUUUUAAUAGAAAGCUAAAGGUCUUGAUCCAGCUGUAUAUGGACAACAUGUUUCUGGACCGAGACCCGAGUUGGGCACUUUCCAAGUUCCGACAGCUGGAGAUACUGAGCAUGAGGAACAACCGCUUGUCGACCUUAUCCCACAACAAAUCCUUCAAGUCCGUCAAGCAGUUUGGACUGAGCGGGAACGCCUGGAAGUGCGACUGCCAACUGCUCUGGCUCCGAGCUUGGCUUCUGAAACACGGAGUGACAGACCAGAGAGAGGUCACGUGUAGUUCGCCCAGUACCCAUUCCGGGAAACUGCUGGUCAAUAUACAGACAGAGUUUCUGACUUGCCCUCCGUAUGGUUUUGAAGUCACUGCCACUCCAUGGCAAAGGGACAGUAACAAAGGUUCCACUCCGAGAGGUCUUCCUUCAACCCAAGGGACUGCUCAGGCCACCUCUCCAAACGCAAGCAGCAAGCAGCCAACCAUGAGGGCCAACACUGUGGAAAAGGCCCUCCCCGUCUAUCCUGACCCAUGUCUCUCAAAUCGGAUCAAAGAGGUCACAGUGGAUGAAGUGAGCACAAACUCCUUGCUGGUGAACUGGGAUGUCCGGAAAGAUGUGGGCGAUGAAUACGAGGUUCGCUACAGCACUGCGGCAAAAGUGAAAAUCCUUGACAUGAUUGGUGGUGUUAGGGAAGUGGAACUGAGUCAACUCAAGGCGGGAACACGUUAUAAAAUCUGCGUGAUCCCUAAAAGCAACAGCAUGCAUUUAUGCCAUCGCCCCUCUUCCAAUCAAUGCUUAGAGGCACAUACCGCUGGACUACCGGGUAGUGCAGAGGCUGUACAGUCCGGAGACAAGAAUGGACAAUAUGCAAUAGUGGGAGGAAUUACUUUGAUGGUGGUUCUGGUCGUUAUCAGCGCUGUGAUUGCUGCCGUCAAACUCAAGUCAAGGCGCAUAAGCUUCCAGAGACAUUACGAUGAGGAUGAAUCCACAUUCGUUGAACAUUUUGAAAUAGAUCCAAGCAAGAUGGACUUUGAUCAAAUCAACAGCGCUUUCGAAGAUACCAUUGACGACAGCAAUGUGCAUGUCUCUCACGUGGUUCAAAGUCCAAAGGUUGAGAACGUGUGCACGGUGGAUUGCUACACCGCCCCCGCAGCAGAGUUAGGGGCCGCAGUUAAAUGUACAUCAUUCAGCAACGACAUCUUGUAACACGCAACAUCGAUUUGAUAUCACUGACGCAUUGGCAACAACGGCUAAUCAGCCCGAUUCCAAAUAGUUUGAAAAAACCACGUGCCUUCACUAAAAUACAAUUCAUAUCUGGAGACAAGGAAUAGGUGAUGUUUCGGGUUGAGAACCUUCUUCAGACUGAGUCAGGGGAAAGCCCUUUAGCUUGGCUCCUUAAGUCUGAGGAAGGAACUUGACCAGAAAUAUCAUCUAUCCCUUUUCUCCAGAGAUGCAGGCUAACCUGCUGAGUUACUCCACCUUUCAGUUUCAACCAAUAUCUGCAGUUCCUUCCAACAUAUAACAUUCAUUUAAUCCUUCUGAACAAGGGCACAAUUUACUUGUACAUUUGAUUCUUUUUACUGGAGAAAACAUGACUUUGGAGAGGGAAAAUACUGAUUCAAUGCAUCUAACUGCAGCAGUGUGUUCAGUUUUCAAAACCAAAAGAUCUGAUGCUGUUACUGUUCAGCGAUUCGUGGCAUGGCUUAGCUAAUGUUUCAUCCUUCAAAUCUGCGUCAUUAAUGUAGAUCAAGUGUUAACCACUUCAUUGACUGCCAAUUAUUCCUGCAACAGUAAAUAUGGUUCAAAAACAUUUUAUGGACUGUGAAGUACUCCAAGAUACAUGGUUGUAAAAGAUGCUGUAUAAAUUGAAGAUGGCCCAUUCUCUUUGCCAGUGUCUCUGCUUUUUAUUUUUAAACAUAGAUUUGAACACUUGUCAAAGGUGCAUGGAAACCAUUUUGGAUUAGUCUCCGAAAUGACCAAAUGGGAGCUCAUAGGUUCAUAAGUGAUAGGAGCAGUGUUAGGCCAUUCGGCCCAUCAAGUCUGAUUCCAGACUGAUUCCUGGGAUGGCAGGACUUUCAUAUGAAGAAAGACUGGAUAGACUCGGCUUGUACACGCUAGAAUUUAGAAGAUUGAGGGGGGGGGAUCUUAUAGAAACUUACAAAAUUCUUAAGGGGUUCGACAGGCUAGAUGCAGGAAGAUUGUUCCCGGUGUUGGGGAAGUCCAGAACUAGGGGUCACAGUUUAAGGAUAAGAGGGAAGUCUUUUAGGACCGAGAUGAGAAAAACAUUUUCACACAGAGAGUGGUGAAUCUGUGGAAUUCUCUGCCACAGAAGGUAGUUGAGGCCACAGUUCAUUGGCUGCAUUUAAGAGGGAGUUAGAUGUGGCCCUUGUGGCUAAAGGGAUCAGGGGGUAUGGAGAGAAGGCAGGGAUGGGAUACCGAGUUGGAUGAUGAGCCAUGAUCAUAUCGAAUGGCGGUGCAGUCUCGAAGGGCCGAAUGGCCUACUCCUGCACCUAUUUUCUAUGUUUCUAAGUCUACUCCGCCAUUCAAUCAUGGCUGAUCUCUCUCGCCCCCUCCUAACCCCAUUCUCCUGCCUUCUCCCCAUAACCCCCAACACCUGUUCUAAUGCAGAAUCUAUCUAUCCAUCUCAGUCUUAAAAAUAUCCAUUGACUUGGCAUCCACAGCCUUCUGUGGCAGUUGAUCAGUUUUAAUGCCACAUGGUCCUCUUCACAGAAGGCAAAGCACAUUUCAUCACAUUAUGAAGAGGUGAAUCCUCCAUAUGCAGGUAGUUCUCCCAAUUACUUCAUUACUCCCAAUUAAUCCCCACACAGCAGCAUCUAUGGAGCGAAGGAGAUAGGCAACGUUUCGGGCCGAAGCCCUUCUUCAGACCCUCCCUCACAUGGCCAUCAACAUGUCUUGGAUUCACUUGCCACUAUCCAGCACAAUGCAAUUUACAGUAGCCCAUUAAACUACCUGCACUUUGGGAUAUGUGGGGGGAGGGGGGGGGAACUAGGAAAUGGAGAUGCCCAGUCUGUCACUGGACAAAUGUGCUAAUUCCACAAACAGAGGACAGAAUUAAACCCAGAUCACCAACUUUUGUGCUAUUGUGUCACGGACAAAAAUGACAAGUUAACAUAUUAAGCAGAGGCAGCAUGUGAGAUUCGAACACGAACCUCUGGAUGUUGUGCAUCUGAAACGUUAUGGCAAAAAAAAAAAAAAAAAAAAAAAAAAAAAAAAUUAAACUAAAAAAUUCACACCCUUUGAUCAACAAUUCCUUGUCCUUCUUCUUGGGUGCAGUUGUUUGAUCAACGCCUACUGCUAUUGUUACAGUUGAAACUGGGUUGCAACGUGCAAAGUAAGUGCACGGCGUAGUUAAGUCGAGUGAUCCAGACAGCAUGUGCAGUCGCAGAAUGAGACUCAUUUUUAAUAGAUGGACAUUAAAAGAGAACGAUGACACAAAGUGUCUUUAUCUUGAAGAUAGACUUCAAGGCAACAGAAAACAUGACACCAACCCUCACUCGAUUUGAAAGCUUUAUAUAAUCAAGCCUAUGUAAACAACAGCACAGGAGGGGUUUUUUUGGAAGUGUUCACAUCAAACUCUUAAGCCUGCUUUGCCAUUCAAUAAGGGCAUGAUGACUGUUCAACCUCCUUGUCCAUUUCCUGCACUAUCCCCAUCUUACAAGAUACAUUUAUUUGUCACAUGUACAGUGAAAUGUGUGGCUGCCAUACAUUUUCUCAACCCCCAUACAAUCUUCUCAAUUCCCCUUAAAAAACAAACAAAAAUCAUCCUGAAUACACCGUGACCGAGUUCAUUGCCCUUCAAUAGAGAAUUC